AUGGGUCGGCUUGACCGGAGUGAUACCACGCCCUCACAGAAAACCGUCGUGAAACAACGUAAGGUUGGCAAACGAGCAGACGGAUUACCUGAUGGUAAGCAUUCAGCGCCGCCCAUGGACACCAGCAAGAACAGAGGAGUUACGACUUUCUACUCAGAUAAUCUGCAUCUGCCUAAGCAUCCUGCAUCACUGGCCCACUCGCCGCUUACGAACAGCUUUCACCAUCCGAGCAUCAGGAUAAGGAUCACUACUCUCGCGACUCAGGCCAGAGGUGGGAGACCUAUUCCUCGUCAUCGUUCACGCCGGCUAGCCAAUAAAGGCAAGCCGGAGGACAUAAUACCAAACGCAAAAGUUAUGAUCCUUCAAGAGGUCAACGAACCGAUACUUACUUUGGCUGUCUCAAAAGCAGCGACCCUGUUAGGAGCUGCUGACGUAGGGAUAAUCGACAGCAUGCAAUGGGAACAUGACUAUCAUGGCAGAAUAUUCUCAGACAUGGCAGAUAUAAUAUUUUUGUCAACAAACACUCACAUGUGUGCUCAGCGGUUUGCUGACAGAUCCUCAGUGCCAGUACUGUGUUUGAAGUCCAGGACACACGCUUGCUUACAGGCUCUUGCAUCCAUCAUGGCGAUUAUGGAAGAAUUUGGUACAAUGCAAGGAAUAAAUCUGUCCUACGUGGGGCCUCCUCAUCCGGUUCUCAACUCAUAUCUCUUGUUAUGCCCAAUGUUGGGCGCGAACAUCAGAUUCAAAUGUUGUUGUAAGAUAUGUCCAGUGACCCCUCUCUUUUACGAUACUAGUAGGGCAAUGACGGCAAGCACAGCGACCGAAACUCAACAAUGUGCGGAUACCGCGGAAGCUGUAAGAAAUGCCUGCGUAGUUAUAGCUGGUCCAACUACAGAGAAAAAGGAAAAGCUCCCAGAGUUCACGCUCUCAGUGAUGGACAUCAACAGGCAAACAUGUUUCCGCUGGAUUUUCCUCCACACCUGUCCACGAGGGGAUGAAGUUGAUGAUUUACUCUUUUGGAAUGAAAACUCCAGAACCUUCACAGCAUUUCAGAAUAUGCACUAUAUUGCUGCCGCGUUAAUGGCUAAUCAUUGCCGGGACUAUCGAUUUUAA